ACUGCUUUCUGCUCUCCCAGCUAGGCACCUGCGGACAAUGCGGGUCCCAGGAUGGCAGCAGGUUUCGCAGCACUGACAGUGGGGGUGGUGGUGUCCCUCUGCCUGCAGAUAUAUGGUGAGAGUCUGUCCCAACCAGGCAAAGUGCGAUUUGUUGCUGACAUCAUAAACCACGUACUACACUGGACGCCCGGAGUGAACCACUCCAGCGACACGUUGUAUGAAGUGGAAUAUAAGCUAUAUGGUAAGUCCGGGCCCUGGAUGGCUGUCCCAGACUGCACUGGGAUCUCUGGGCACUCCUGCGAUCUGACCUACCAGACAAUGGACCCUUCUCAACGCUACUAUGCAAGAGUUAGGGCAGUAUCUGGAAACCACACCUCUGGCUGGAGCAGGACGAACGCUUUUUCCCUAAAAGAAGCUACUCUGCAUCUAUCAGAUGUGAGUCUGUCUGUGACAGGUAACACCAUCCACGUGAGCCUGCAGCAGCUGAUCCUGAGAGUGGGGAACAAGACUGUCUCAUACAAAGACAUACAAAAGUAUGGUAGACAAUACAGAACGUAUGUCAGGAGGGCGUCAGACAAUCUCCAGCAGGUGCAGGUGGAGACCAGAGAAGAGUUUGACAUCCCCAUGCUCCUGUGGGGCGAGCAGUACUGCGUCCGUGUAGAGCCACGUGUCCUCUCCAGGCCAGUCCCCUCCAUCGGGACCGAGGAGAAGUGUGUCACGAUCCCCGAGAAGGACGAGAGCACGGGGAUUAUAUCAGUCAGCGUUGGCAUCGUUCUCCUGGUUUUCUCAGCCACUCUUCUCCUGGGCACUCUUCUACUCUGUGCAUAUGUAAAGCAACCCAUGAGGACACCAGCCAUACUGAAAUCUCUCCUAAAACCCUCCGGGUCAGAGCACGAGCAUGAGCACUUCCCCUUCGGGGCCAGGGAUGUGGUUGUGUGCUUGGAUGAGGAGUCAAUCCAGCAACUCUCCGUGUGCCAAAGGGACACUGUGCAGCACCACAGCACAGACAGCGGCUCCAGCCCGGCACAACAGCCACCAGACAAGGGUUGCACGUUCCUGACCUCCCCGGAUGACCACGAACACCUGCUGGAGCUGGAAGGCCUAGCAGGGGGGGACAGCAGCUGCACCAGCACUGACAGCGGCAUUUGCCUACAAGACUCUUCCUCUGGCCUGAGCCAGUUCUCGGGCUCAGAGAGCCAGGACUACCAAAGACAGCUGCCAGGGAGUGACGACAGUGGCAUAAGCCUGGCGAGACAUUCCCUGUGCCUGACGCUCUCCUCCAGCGGCAGGGACUACACAUCUGUGGAUGAGGGGCAGGACCAACGUGAAAGAGAGCGUGACUGUUCCCCUCUGGCCAGGAGACUCAGCCAGGAGGCUGUGGAGUUUCGUGGGUACCUGAAGCAGCCGAAGGGUACAGUAGAGAGGCAGCAGGACAGAGCUGAGGGACAGCUGCCCACACAAAGCCCUGGUGGGACAGACAACACGCUGGAGAUGGGCUGCUCUGAGCCUGCCCUAGCCAAAGGCUAUUUGAAGCAGGCAUCCCCAGGGCUCGCCUACGACAAUGCAGACACGGUGCUCGCUAGGGAAUCAGGCUCCCAGGGUUUUACAAGCAGGCUGGAGUGCAACAGCUCAAGUCUGCUGAACUACGGGGCACUGGGCAUUUCUGUGCCCUCGAAAUCCCUCCCCGAGUUCCCCAAGGCGCCCUUUGCAUUGGGCAUCUUCAACACAGACCUGCUGGGCUCCCUGCCUCUCAUCUCCAGCUUACAUUCAAAUGAGCGACUCUGCCUGGAAAUCGACUGUCUCAGCCUGCUGGGGUCUGAAUGCAAGGACAGUCGCCUAUAG